UAUGAGCACAUUUUAUUUAUUUGAGGCAGCAGCUGGUUUAGCCUUAUUUUAAUGUGAUAGUGUCGAUGAAACAAAUGUCAAAUCAAAAUAGAUUCAAAAACAAUUCUCUGACUUUGCUUAAUUCGCAGAAGUAUGUCACUUAAAAGUAAUUAUCAUUCUUAAUUCAGGCUUUUCAACCUUUUAUUUCUGCUGAAAUUGCUUUAAAUAAUGCUUUAGCAAUUCAUACAGGUUCUGUCACUUAAGAGUUAGUAGAUUUCUUAUCAACCAAUCUACCUCCUGUAGGAAAGAAGAGCAAGUAAUUCAUUUUAUUUAUUAGUAGUUUCUAAAUUGCAAUUAGUGAUAAAGGUUUGGCUGCUGGACUCUAAUAAUAUUUGAAUUUAAAGAGUAAAAUGAAUGAAGCCACUGCCUAAGUAUUUAGAGGUAUCAGAACACAUUUUGUUGAUUUUUUGAGAAAUGAAGAUUUCAAAGAAAGAGAUUAUAUUUAAGCUUAACUUGGUCUAGCACAUCAAGUAUCUAGAAACAAGGUGAAAUUAGAUAUCAAUAGAGAAGACAAGCAUAUAACUUAAGCUAUAAGCAUAAUUGAAUAAAUGGAUAAAGAUCUAAAUACAUUAAGUAUGAGAAUCAAAGAAUGGUAUUCAUGGCAUUUUCCAGAAUUGGCCAAGAUUGUUACAGACAAUCGUUUAUUCACUAGAAUUGUUGAUAUUUAUGGAGAUAAAAAGAAUAUCAAUGAUGAAGCAUUAGAAGCAAUUGAAGAACUUACAACUGAUGCUGAAUUAGCUAAAUAAAUUGUUGAAGCAGCUAAGAUAUCAAUGGGUUAAGAUAUAUCAGAACUUGAUUUAUCUACUUUAAAAGAUCUAUGUAUUAGAGUUCUAAAUUAAUUUGAAUUCAGAGACAAUAUAUAAGAAUAUUUAAAAAAUAAAAUGACAACUAUUGCACCAAAUCUUACAGCUUUGAUUGGUGAAAAUGUAGCUGCAAAAUUAAUUGCUCAUGCUGGAUCAUUAAUUAAUCUUGCUAAAUAUCCUGCAUCUACCAUUUAAAUCUUAGGAGCUGAAAAAGCAUUAUUCAGAGCAUUAAAAACUAGAGGCAAUACUCCUAAAUAUGGUUUAUUAUAUCACAGUACUUAUAUUGGAAGAGCUAAUGGAACUGAUAAAGGAAAAAUCUCUAGGUAUUAUAUUUUCAAUUAAUUUUAAUAGAAAUUUAGCUAAUAAAUGUGCUAUUGCUUCAAGAUUAGAUCAUUUCUUAGUUUAACCAACUGAAAAGUUUGGAAUCAAAUUAAAGGAUUAAAUGGAAUAAAGAUUAAAGUUCUUAACUGCUGGAGGAGAAUUGAACAAAAAUACAGAUAUUAUGGAUGAAGUAUUAACAGAAUUAAAAGGAGAAGGACUCUAUUUUGAUAGUGAAAAACAAUUAACCAAAAAAGAUAAGAAGUCUAAGAAAGCCAAAGCAAAAAAGGUUGUUGAAGAAGUUCAAGAAGAAUUUAUAGGAUAACCAUAAGAAGCUCCAAAAAAGAAGAGAAAAGCAUCAAAAUAAUAAUGAU